CCCGGCGAUGUAGCAAUGGGAAAUUCCUUCACGGCACAGACCGCGCCAAUGCCUUGUGCAAGGGCAGCCUGGAGACGCGAGGCAGCGAAGGGAAGACUAGGGAGGGAUUUUUAAUUCCUGUUGGAGACAUCAGACCGUGUGUGAAGGGGCAGCUUAGCUCCCUUUGGUCCAUUGCAUCGCUUGGCUUGCUCACCACCUCCUUGAUUCAAGCAGAUCGCGACUGCAGUUGCCUUCAGCCCCCCACCCCCCAGCUCCCACCCCCUUUGCCUUGCUCACCUGGGAAGGUGAAGAAUGCAUCUCCAAUAUUGGGACGGAUCCUUGCUGCAAUGAGACCUGAGCUGUGUCUUGAAGACAGCGACACUGGGAUCGGCAGAUGGUGUGUGCUUGAGCCACAAGAACAGCUCUAAGUUGCUACAGAUUGGCUACCUAUCUAUUAGGAGAAGAUGGCCAUCUCCUUGAAGAUCUGCUGCUUCACUCUUGUGCUCCUUCCUCUGGUCGCAGCGACGCAUUCAGACUGCAUCAUCAGAAAGGAGCAGGAGGCCUGCCUGGAGAAAAUCAAGAGAGCCAGUGCCCUCAAUCCACUGAAUGAGUCCUCCCCAGGAUGCCCUGCGAUGUGGGAUAAUAUUACAUGCUGGAAGUCGGCGAGUGUGGGCGAAAUCGUCUUUGUCAAGUGUCCUGCUCUGUUCAGUAUUGUUAACUCGGAAGACGGUUGGGAAGUGGAUAACAUGGGGCAAACUCAUCCAGAUGUAGGGGACAUCAGCAGAAACUGCACAGAGGAUGGCUGGUCUGAACCCUUCCCUCAUUAUUAUGAUGCCUGUGGGUUUGAUGAAAAUGAAACAGAGUCUGAAAAUCAGGAUUACUACUACCUCUCCGUGAAGGCUCUGUACACAGUGGGAUACAGCACGUCCCUUGUAUCUCUCACCACAGCAAUGGUUAUCCUGUGUCGUUUCAGGAAACUUCACUGCACUCGGAACUUUAUUCACAUGAACCUCUUUAUUUCAUUUAUUCUACGAGCAAUAUCCGUCUUCAUCAAAGAUGGGAUUUUGUAUGCGGAACAGGAGAUUAACCAUUGUUUUAUAUCUACUGUGGAAUGCAAAGCAGUGAUGGUCUUUUUCCACUAUUGCGUCAUGUCCAACUAUUUCUGGCUGUUCAUUGAGGGAUUGUACCUUUUCACCUUACUGGUAGAGACCUUUUUCCCAGAGAGGAGAUAUUUUUAUUGGUACACCAUCAUCGGCUGGGGCACCCCGACAAUUUGUGUCACUGUCUGGGCUGUGCUGAGACAUCACUUUGAUGAUAUCGGCUGCUGGGACAUGAAUGAUAACACUGCCCUGUGGUGGGUGAUAAAGGGCCCCGUGAUUGGAUCAAUAAUGAUAAACUUUGUUCUUUUCAUUGGCAUAAUCGUUAUCCUUGUGCAGAAACUCCAGUCGCCUGAUAUUGGGGGCAACGAAUCCAGCAUUUACUUCAGCUGCGUUCAGAAAUGCUACUGUAAGCCCAACAGGGCUAACCAGCACUCUUGCAAGAUGUCAGAACUAUCCACCAUUACCCUGAGGCUGGCCCGCUCCACUCUGCUGCUUAUCCCCUUGUUUGGAAUUCACUACACAGUGUUUGCCUUUUCUCCUGAAAAUGUCAGUAAACGGGAGAGACUAGUGUUUGAAUUGGGACUGGGAUCUUUCCAGGGCUUUGUCGUUGCUGUUCUCUACUGUUUCUUGAAUGGGGAGUUUCUCCCUAAAGGUGCAAUCAGAAAUAAAGAGAAAAUGGAGGAGCUGGAAAGUCAACCGGUAUUUUGCUGUGGAUUUCAAACAUCGCCAUCCCUCUCUGGCGAGCAGCGGAGUGAACGGGGGGACACAACUCUCCAUUCUGAGCAAGAGCAGCUCUCAGAUUCGGAUGUCCAGCAUAAAUGCGGAGAAUCUAGUGACAUGAGCAACUAAAUAACCCCUCCCCCGAAUAAAACCCAAGACACCCCUUUAAAAAGAAAAAAAAAUCAUAAUUUUGGUGGUGUGGGUUUUCUUUUUUAACGAUUAUUAUUAUGAUUUUUUUAAUGUAAGAUGUGUCCAAAAGCAUGAAACAAAACAUCCCUGGCGUUUUGCAGAGAAGAAAAAAAGGAUAUUUUUUUAACGAUCAUUGUAAAUACACCACUAAGAUCCAUGCCAUUGACAAAAAAAAUCAAUAAAAUGCCAAGCCCACCCCCACACACCCAUUUAGAGCAUCUGCAAGUAAUCCAUUGUCAGCCAAGUGUAUCAAGUGAUUGCUGUGCAGUUGUGAACAUUGGUUGCCAAACUGAUAUAAAUCUGUCUGUGCAUGGACUUCAUUGUUGUUAUUUUUGAGGUCUGGGUUUGUUUGUUUUUUCUAAUCCAAUGCAUCCUCACUAUGCCUCAUUCCCAUCUUUGUUGUCUGAAUAUUCUCAGUCUCUUUGGAGUCUUAGGAUAUAGCUAUAACGUUGGGAUCAAUAAUGCCGGCCAGUUCACCAAGGACUCUGGAAAUGGAUUUCAUGGCUGGAUUCGGUCAGAAGAAGUCAGCGGACUUAGAACAUCUGUUGUGACUGUGUGAGACAGCAUACCUGUCACCAUUCUGGAGAGAGGAAUCCAUGCAGCAGAGAUGGGAUCUGCUAUUUUAGGUUCUAGCUAAGCUGUGAAUUUUCUAAGAGGGCCAUCCAUUUGAGAGAGAUCUAUAUUUUUGGGGUUGAUAGGUUGGAGUUUUGAGUAAUGUGAACAAAGAUUUCUCCCCUCCUUUCCCUCCCACCCCACUAAGAGGCAAAGGUCAGUUCCAGGAUUCUCGCUUCCUCUGAAUUACACUGAAACUCCUGCAUCAAUGUCUGAUCAUUGUACUGCAACUGGUAGUGGCAUGACGUGUGUGUGUGUGUGUGACCUCUGCGACCAGGCUGGCAUUGACAGUGUUACGCCUCAAGUUUGCGAGCACAAGAGACUCAACAGGGGUCCAACACGGUGGUGCAGGAAGAUUAAUGUCCUCAGUGUCUGUUGAGCACCUAAGCUGAAUAGUAAGACACUAUGGAAGGGAAUGAUAAAGACUUUGGAUGAUUGACCAUAUCUGGCAGUUUCUUCUGUCAUUGGAUCUUUUGUUUGUUCACCAACAGAUAUCAUUAAUGCCAAUGUCAGAGAGACAAAAGAAAACAUCCUUUCCAACUUUGCCUUGUAGUAGAGCCACGACUGGAUACAUAUCUACUUCAGUCAAACAUCAAUGAUGCCAAUUAUUUCUUGAGAGGUUUUAUGUGAUGCAUAAAGGCUUUAAGGACUGUAUUUGCUCUUAUUUCUUUGUGGAUUUAUAUGUGAGUGUAUUAAAAAACAAAAUGACAUUUAAAUAUGAUGGUUUGGACUCAAAUUAACAGCAACCAGGGAAUUCAAAAUUAUGGUUAGCUCUUUGUUCUUAAUUGAAAUGAAAAAGAAAGUGGGGGGAAGAUAUAGACACAAAAUUUUCCUGUCGGCAGAGAUUUUGAUUUCACUGGGUUUUGUUAGUUUAGUUCAAAACUUAUAAUGCCAUUUUAAAUAUAGUUUUUUAAAAAAAAUAGUUUCCUUGUUUUUAAAAGGAAAAAGUAAUGAAAAGUUAUGAAAGAAGUAUUAAUUAUAAUACUUAACACUCAGUGCUUUAUGGGACGUAUUCUGCUCUUAGUUACAGCAGUGUAAAUCUAAAAUAAUCCCAGUAGAGUUAGGGGUCAAUCCUGCAAUCCAUUGAUAUGGAUGGAUCACUUAAUGAUUACCUGUUCUGUUCAUUCCCUCUGAAGCACCUGGCAUUGACCACUGUCGGAAGACAGAAUACUGGGCCAGAUGGACCUUUGGUCUGACCCGGUAUGGCCGUUCUUAUGUUCUUAUGAAAUAAAUGAGAGUGCUGCCCUGACUACAAUGGGUGCAGGAGCAGAAUUUAUUCCAGAUUCACACCACUAUAAGGGUGAAAUUCACUCCUGUACAGAAGACCAGUAAAAGGACUAUGUACGGCUUAAAUGUACUUUGAGGUCUUAAGUGGGAUUUAUAUGAUGUACAGGCUUUUUGCCAGUCCUCUGCAUGGGAUUGACCCUAACCGAGAGUAGAAUUUGGCCCCCUAUGUUCCAGACGUUGUGCAAAAAUUACGUAAGUACUUUUUAACUGAUAGAUUGGAAACUUUUCUCUCAUCAGAUGCUGUAAAUAGCUAUUUUAGCAAGUUUCCCAAUGAAUCAUGUUCUUAAUGGACCAGAAAAGACACUGAAGAGGGAGAGGGGUAAAGUCAGAUCUAUCCGGUAAAUAUAUACUUAUAAUUUUUUAAACAAAACUAUCUAAUAUUAAAUGAACAGAUGAAAUUUAGUUUUGUAUUUUCUGUAGUAUGGACUUUCACAAGGUUAAUACUGACAAUACUGUAAGUGUAUUAAAAAAAGAAAUAAUGGACAAAGCAUAUUUUGCAUGAAUGGUGACUAGCCAAUUUUCAGUCAUUGAAGUCAUUUAAAACUUGCCUCUGGUUGGAGGCCUUUUUUGUGCCACAUUUCAAUCCAGAGCAAGAGGCUUUUCUCUGGCAGUUCUAAAAUCCUCUCCUAUUUGAGUUGGUGGGUCUCAGUCCAGUGCCUUGUGGGCAAGAGUCCACAUCACAAAACCACUCUUGCAAUUGGCACACAUUGGAGGCUAGAUCCUCAGCUGGGGUAAAUCAGUGCACACCCUUGGUGUCCAUGCAGCUACGUCGGUUUACCUCAGCCGAGGAUCUGGCAUGGGUCCAUUAUUAUUUUUGAAAGUCUCGGCAAGAGAGGCCAAGGGCUGAAGGUCCUGGAGACUGAAUUCACCUCUUGAUUCUUAGAGGCCAAACUCAGGAUUGAGGCAGGUUGAUGGGAUGUUGUGUUGGAAGCUUCCACACUAUAUGCUGUGCUUGUUCAGUAGACCAGUAGUUCUCAACCUGCGGGCUGCUUGCGGCCCAAGCAGCACACAGCUGCGGCCCAUGUAACAUCCUCAGGGCCAUACAGGUAGUAUAUAUACUGUGUGGAUGCAGCCCACAUAACCCAGAGAGAGCUUCAUAUGAAGCCCACAAUGGUAAAUAGGUUGAGAACCACUACAGUAGACCGAUAGAGGACUUCAGUCUUUGAGAUUUUCCAUCCAGUAUCAUUCACCAGCAAUGAAUUUACUAAAAGUUGUAGCUCUCUAUAUACUUAAUAUAUUCUAUAAAGUACAGGCAAAUCCCUUCUAGUGGGAUUUUUUACUGGAAGUGCUGACCACUCUUACAGUGGUGGCAUUCAUGUGGCCACUCUAAUGUUCAGUGUUACUCGAAAGCUCAUACUUCAGGUAUAUAUAGAGAAACCAGUAGUUAUCUAAACAAAGAUUCUAAUGCCAUUGCACAAAAUAUGCUCUUGGGUAGCUUUAUGUCGAAUGUAAAUUGAAGAUGCUAGAUGUGCGUGUCACCACUUCUGGUGACCAUCAUAACUAAGCGUCAAGAUAGAAGGAACCAAAAGGAAGAAUUGCUUCAAAGCGUGUGUAAAUAUCUAUUCGCGUGUAACAGUGUUUGUUUUAUUUCUACUGUGAAAUAUAUUUUGGAGUUAGAAAGUACAUGUUAUUAAAACAAAAUGUAACUUAAAAAAUGUGUGCUAUGCUCCUUGAGCCAUUUUUAUAAUAUGCCAAUAAUACAUUUCCUGUCUAAUUUUCUUAUUUGGCUUUUGUAAAUGUACAAAAUCUUCUGUACUGCAGCUUUUGUGGGCCUGUAGCGCAUAGAGCUACUGUUUCAUUGUCUACCGUUGAAUGGGGAGAUCUGCUACGAGAUGUAUUUUAAAAUCCUGAAAGAAAUACCGUGUAAGAGAGGUGUGAUUUUUUCAGUGGUGUUGGGCACCCUUAUCUCCCUUGGACUUUAUUUGGAUUUGUGGGUGCUCGGCACUUCUGAAAAUCAGACCCUGGGUGCCAAAAUCUAGGCACCUCAAUAAAAGAAGCCUGAAUUUCAGAGGCACUAAGGGUGAAAAAUCCGUCCGCUUUGCCUAACUUAAGUACUCAUGUUUGAAAAAAUUGAGUUUAAGAUUUUAAUGGCGCAAUCUCAGUGAUGUUCAGGAAAGACCCUCGCUUUUCUUUUUAGUCUGUGGCAGAUGAUUCCCAUUGGAUUUGGAGGUCUAAUGGAAGUUACCUAGUUACUGUAGUAGGUUCAGAGGAGAACAACCCAAGUAGAUCAGUCCUGAAGUUGUUUCUGUGUUACAGUGUAUGAGAAACUGUGUCCCUACAGUACUGGCGCAAAGAACUAAUUGCAUGCAGCACUGUUAAUACAGUGUUAUGAGCCAUUCUUUUCUAAGGGACCAGUCAUCAAAGAUGCUGAGUGGUGUUCAGCAGUUUGCAGGAUCCUAAUAUUUAUUUUUUUCUACAAGGGCUUUACCAGAACACUAAAACCAAUGGACAACAUGAAGUAGGCUAGGGUUUGCUUGGAAGAUCCAUGCCAUGAUUCCCACUGCACAUGGACAUCAGUUAAUCAAAGCUAAAGUUCUUCUGGAUGUAAAACUCAGAAUUCAAACUCUCUUUCUGUGUAUUCCCAAAGGUGACAAGUUAUGCCUAUGUUGCUUAUAUUACUGGUUGUUACAUUAAGAGGGCUAGACAAAUUAUAUUUUUGUGGCAGUUAUCAGAGGUAGAGGUAGUAAGCUAGGGUUUGCUUGGAAGAUCCAUGCCAUGAUUCCCACUGCACGUGGACAUCAGUUAAUCAAAGCUAAAAUUCUUCUGGAUGUAAAACUCAGAAUUCAAACUCUCUUUCUGUGUAUUCCCAAAGGUGACAAGUUAUGCCUAUGUUGCUUACAUUGCUGGUUGUUACAUUAAGAGGGCUAGACAAAUUAUAUUUUUGUGGCAGUUAUCAGAGGUAGAGGUUCCUCAAGUGCCUUUUAGGACCAGACAGCAGUUGGGAGGAGGGAGGGAAGGGGGUAAAAUCAAUUUAAGAUUAUUUUUAACUGCAGCAAGCACGUUAUCUCCUCUAAUAUAUAAAUUCAUGAUCAGUAUGACCUCAUACUACAACACAGUAAAUAAUAAUAUGCUGGAAUUAUAAGAGAAAGCCUACCUGGACCGUGAUAGUAUCCUUCUGCUUAGAGUCUAUGAGAGUUUUGCCCUUGCAAUGGGAAUGGAAUUAGGCUCUUUAUGAUUGUGGAAUCAGAUCCGAAGCUCACUGAAAUCAAUGGGAGUCUUGACACUAACUUCAGUGAGCUUUGAACAGGCCCAUAAUAUAGGCCCUAAUCUGGAUUCUGGUCUCAGCACCACUGGUGUAAAUCUGGCAUAACUCUGUUGACUUUACUUAUGCUGAUGUGAGAUCGGAACUGGCAUGGCUGCCUUGAAACCUUGUAACAAGAUGGUGGAAUCUCAUUAGUUCCAAGAUCUCAUGAAAUCUCCACCAUUUGAGUUGGCAGAAAUGUCACGGGAUCAGCUGGUGAGAUUUCAGCAGUGUUGCAUCUGAAGUUGACUCUCAGCGAUAAUUUAGACUCCAAAGUGAACUGGCAGAAAGUUCCAGUCCUCUGAUUAGUAUGAGUCUAGAUCUUAACAUUAUCUCCCUGGCCCAUACGUACCAGAAAAUAGAUGCCGACAAUGUAGGGAGUCCAGCAAAGCCAUUCAGAUGAUUUAACGAUGUAACAGCAAAAAUAAUGAAGGGAACUAGCUAGAGUUACAUCUAGACAGAGUCUAGUCUCAACACAGAUAACAGUUCCUUGUUUAAUUCACAUCACCACAAUGUAUGCUCUUGCUGUCUCUUGUUCCUGUAGGAAAGGUGUAAUGUUCAAAAUGUUCAUCUUCUGGGAAGCUUUGAAUUGUCACUUCUGCUGAGAAUCUCUUACACGUUCUGCUUUUUUUUCUUCCCUGCUUAAAAAAGUAUUUAUUUCCAAGAUGCCAGAGGCAAUAUCUCAAAGCUGAAAGGGUCAGCUUGGAACUGCAGUUCUGGUUAAUGCCUUCACCAUGAAGUCCUCAAAUCAGCAAAACUGUCUCUAAAUAGAACUUCUGAUGGAGUUGUCCAUGGCUUCAGAUGAUCUUUAGUUAACUUCAUCUUUCUGAAAGUGCCAAAUGUACAUUAUGGUGGCUUCUUCUGGGGAUGGGGAAGAGCAAAGUAGACUAACCUGCUACCAUCUGACUAGGUGCUCCUCUUCAUCAGCAGAGCUAGAUUCUUCAUCAGGGUCAAGACAAAGGCAGGGCUGUGACCAUGCCCCUCCCCUUUCCGCAGUAGCCAACGGAGCUGCGAUCGUGCAGGGCAAAGCACAGGCUGCAUCCUGUUAGAGGAAGUUGCAGCACUAGCACUGGUGUGUGCUCCUUGGGCAGCCUCCCAACACACACACACAUACUGUGAUUUAAGAGCCACAACGUAGUCUGUAGCUUUUUGCUACAUGCCAGUGAGCUGCUUAGAAGACAAUCCAAAUGGUAACUUCCCCCCCACACACACACACAUUCGAUUUACAUGCUUGUAAACGAGAGCAGUAUAUAGAGGUUUUAUUUUCCCCCGUUUCAUUUAUGUUUCAGCAGGACUAAGGAUUUCUGCCCUCCCCCCACCCCCCAUACAUUUUUGUGUGUUUGAACUGCCAAGCCUUCCUGUACAUAAGGCUCUGAAGAAUGUUUAACACCGUUUGUUUACAUGUCAUUAAAGAACAGUCUUAUCAAGAGAACUGACACACCCCGAAAAGUCCCACCCCGGGCAAUCGGAGGGCCCACACAGAUUUCACCAUAGCCUGCCACAGUGGCUACUUUUUCAAGGCUGCUUGUUGAAUUUGAGGCAUUUUGUAACUUCUCACACACUUCUAAGAAGAGGAUUUGAUCACAUACUUUCCUUACUACGUUAAUAAGAGAGGAAACUUUCUUUCAGUAGUAUUUUUUUGGCAGUCUUAAAAAUCUUGUCCACACAAAAAAUAAUGAAAUGUGAUCCGGUGGUUUUAGAAACCAUUUGAAAGGCUCGGUAUUCCCUGAUGAUAUUUCCAGGCUUUUCCUCUAUCUAGUUGGAUACACUCUAACUUACAUUGCCAAACAUAGAACUCUGGCCCGUCACACUGCUGCUACUAUUUGUAGUCACCAUUCUUUUCCUCUCCUCUUUUGAGGAUGGUCUUCCCACUGCCAAUGCCUACGGUGACAUGAAACUUUGCAUUUAGCUAUGCCAGUCCUCCACUCAGUGACCGUCUUCUUGGUUUCCAAACCCUGUGACUGUCCAGCUCUGAAGCCUAGAAGCUCUGUUUGUAGUAACAAAGGCAGUCAGUGGGCUCUGACUCACCCUAUGAAGCCUGUUCUUGUAUAUUGGAGCUGGUCAACAUUUUCCAACAUUUUAUUUGUCAAUGAAAAUUUUGAAAUUUGACCACCGGGAAAAAUGUGGAUGCUUUGACAUAUCACUCAUUCAAACAUCUGAGCUAAUAGCCAUUACUCCCCGUACUCUAAAACACCACUUCCCUAUUCAAUAUCGCUUUUCUUGCCAAAGGAAGAUUUGCUCUGCUCACAGAAGAUUUCAAGGUUCAGAAAAGUGUUUGAUACAAUUCAGAGCUUUCUGGAUGUUGCACCAAAAUUAGCCAAACAUUCUGAAGUUAUGCAGCUCACUUAUUAUAUACAGCAUGCUCUUUUUUUGUGGGUAGCUCAUGCUAUCAUUCCCACAUAUUAGUAGUAGUAGUUUGUAGUACAGUCAUGCUGAGAGGCCAUGACUGAGAUCAUGACUCCAUUUGGGCUGUUUUAGAUAGAUUGGAUUCUCUCAAGAAGAAAAAAAUGAGAAGUUACAAUUCCUAGACUUCUCCAACUGCCCAGUCAGAAAGGACAGCAUUUAUCCUUUGUUAGAUAAGUCUCUCAAGUCAACAAUUAUACUGUGGCUACUUCCUCUUCCUUCCUUUGAAUCACUUUAUUAAGAGAGGUUUGUUACUGCAUGAAGACAGCAUUUGAAAUGAGAAUGUUCCCAAGGUGAUUUGCCCAAAGAGCAAUAAGAAUUAUGUCCUAAAUGAUCGGGUUUCAGAUAGGGAGGCUUUUCAGUUGCAGUGAUGCUGCCAUAUUAGGGCUAUUUAAAUUGUUUCUGGAAAACAUCUGACCCUCCCUGACCCUUUGCUCAUUUUUAGAACCAAACCCAGUUGCACUUUCUUCAAGACUUGGCUUUGAAACAUUUAAUCAGCUGGGGUUUUUCCCCGCCCAUCGUCCUUUUAAUUUUGCUGGCACUGCACUUCCUGCUCCCAACCAAAAUCAAACGAUGCCAAAGCACCACAGGAAAGGCUGGUCUCAUGGUAUUUCUAGCCAUGCCCAGGAGUAUCGGAAAUGCACCGAGAUAGUGUUUUCCCGGGAGAUUCACAGCUCUGUGCUUGCAGACUGCAGAAGCUGGGCCAGUUCAGAGAAACUUCUGAACAUUUGAGUGUUUGCUGGGCUCUGACUGCCAACGUUUUUGAAAUGUACCCAGCCCUAGUUAAUGUGAGCAAAGACCUGCUUGUCUUGUCUGGGUGCGGGGAGGGGGAGAGAAAAGUAGCACAGGAGCCUGUAACUCACCACGGAUAUCUGAAAAACAGCCCAAGAGGAUUCCAGUCAAUCACUCUCCUGAGGAGCUGCAAACCCACUGGUGAACCGUUCCAAGGGUGUCAUGUCUCCAAGUCCUUUUGAGUAGAUGCUACUUUCAGCAGUAGACACUACGGCUCACAGUGACUCUACUAGUAGCAGUGAGAAAAGUAUGCUAUCGACCAUGAUUCCCCUGGGCACGCCCCCAAACAUGCUACCAGCUGGCUUCACAUGUGAUGCACGCAGAGCCAUCUCUGAGUCAGCUACAGUUGAGAUCUCUGUUUGCAACCUCCCGGGUUAUGCCUCUGAGUUAACUGCCUUGUUACCAAACCAGCGGCAUUAUACCUGGGGGCACCUUUAGUGAGUUAGGGCAGGAUUUACUCAAUAUCUUUGAAGAUGUCAGACAGGCACAACCAGCUACGGAUUGCAUCUACUAUCAGAGAGCGGUGGAGUACGGAGCAUGCAGUAAUAGCUAAUGAUACUUUGAUGUUAAGCUCGAUGUGUUUUUGUAGUAGAGAGCGACAUUCAGUUAAAUGUGUAUUGUACCUGGUUCAAGCUCUACAGAGCUUGAACAACAUGCCCUGUUUUAACCCUUGUGAUCCUUUCACCUGGAUAUUAUUAUUAUUCCACAUUUGCUUUCUUUGUGGGGAAUUCAUCCGUGUGAAGAGUUAAUGUGUGGUAUGAACCUCGCAGUGUCUGUCAGUAGCUGAAGUAACCUAGGCCUCUGCAGACACCUGUUCCAAUGGACCUUAUCACUGUACAGGAGUCUCCAGAGAUCUCAAGGUACCUGCAUAAUCUGUAAAAACACCUGCUAGUGUCUUCAUUCUCUCUCCCAACUUCUUGCCUUUAUAGUAGCAAUGCAACAUGCAAUAGCUCCCAAGAAGAGAUGUGCCAAGUUAAUGUAUGUAAAGCUGUAUUUUGGCUUUUGAAGGUGUCAAGGAAUGAAGUUACUGGCCCUCUGGCUCUAAUACUGGCCUUUUUAUUGUCAUUAGUAACAGGAUUUGGGGUUAUUACAUUUUGUUAAGUGGAAACACACAGAUGUCAACUGCUGCUUACUAGACUAAUCUUUUUGUGUGUUCUGAGAAACAGUUCUAGAUUUUAACAUGUAUACUGCUGUAGAUGACACAAUAAACGUAUUAUCAUUUUUGCA